ACCGUCGCUUAAAUGGAUAUUGAGCUGGUGUUCCUCAUGAGUAAGAUGAUAACGCUGGACAACUCGUUCUUGCAGAAUCGAAGACAGAGGGAGACCACCGGGAUAAAGAAGCUGUACAACUCCUUCUUCGUGAUCUUCUAAGCCGGAGGCCCGCUGAACUCUCUCGAAAAAGGGGCGAUUUUUGUUGAACUUGAUUUUUUUUUGCGUUCGCGUUUUUUAGUUCCGCAGCUGCCCACCCUGUGAUGGAGUACCAACUGUACUACGGCAACGGGGAGAUACUGCUGGAGGAGGGGCAGAGGUCGAGGUCUUCUUGGGAGGUUUCGCCGCCCGGGGGUAGGAAUAUGGAUAGCGGGGAUAACUGUUUCGAGUGGAACGAGCUUAAGAUAGACGAGGGUGAUGGUUCGGUUGGGGAGGAGACAGGUGUUGGUCAGCGCAAGAGGAAGUUGGAGCGCGAGGGGCAGCAGCAGGAGGAGGGGCAACAGAAGGCGAGGAGGGGCAACUUCUCGGGGUUGGCCAGAGAUCCGCUGGCCUUGGACGUGAGGAGGGCGGGGAAGAAGAUUGUGGAGGCGCAGACAGGUUUGUUGAAAAUUCCUGUUCAAUGGCAUGAUGAUAUUACCGACCUCAAUACAGAUAUUAUUGAAUCAUCCUUCCCACCCUUAGAAGGAACUUCCUAUGGCAUGGGAGAGCCAACACUCUCCAUUUCGGGAUUGACAGUUUUCAAACAGGAAGCACCAUCUCCGACACACGAUGUGAAUGCCAUCCAACAACAGCUGUCCAGACGAAACAUCCAGAGUCCUACAUCCACUCAAGAUGUUGAAAGAGGAAACACAUUAGACGAUAACAGCAAUGAUCAGCAGAUCCUGACCAGUACAAUCUCUCAACUUCUGAACCAAUCAGGGUAUUCGAGUCUACAUUCUGCUUUCGAUGCUAACUUGGUGGGAUCUUCCUCGUCCCAAGAUCAGUACAAUGUCACCUCGUCAAAUUUCAGCCUAUCAGACGAUUGUCGAUUUCAGUACGUUCUGGCAGCAGCAACCAGUAUUGCUACGAAGAUGAACGAAGACACUCUGACCUAUUUGAACCAGGGACAGAGCUAUGAGAUCAAACUGAAGAAGCUUGGUGAUUUGUCUAUGUACAGGGGAAAAAUGCUGAAGUCGGUGAUAAGAAUAUGUUUCCACGAACGUCGGUUGCAGUACAUGGAGAAAGAACAGAUGGCGCUGUGGCAGAAAGCUAGGCCCGGUGACAGGAUUUUAGACGUUGACGUACCUUUGUCUUAUGGAGCUGUGGAUAUUGUGCAGCCACCGAGUGCCCUCAAUUUGAUCCAGUUCACCUGGGAUCCAACUAAAGAAGUUGGAAUUUACAUCAAGGUCAACUGUAUCAGUACAGAAUUCACCCCUAAGAAGCAUGGUGGCGAAAAAGGGGUUCCGUUUCGAAUCCAAGUAGAAACCUACCCUACUUUGGAGGGAAGCAACACCACGAAGAGACUUCAUGCCGCAGCCUGUCAGAUAAAGGUUUUCAAGUUGAAGGGGGCCGAUAGAAAGCACAAACAGGAUAGGGAGAAGAUAAUGAAGAGACCUCUGUCCGAACAAGAAAAAUAUCAACCUAGCUACGAAUGUACCGUCCUCAAUGAUAUCCCCAGCGAUGCUGUGCUGUCUUCUUCGCCGAUUGCUCCACUGUCUCCAGCUGAUAGUGACUCCUGUUCCUCGAUCAAAUCGAAUCCAGCUCCUCCUAGUCAUGCGAUUGCUCCAUCAUCAGUUCCGGUUGUUUCCUCUUUGAAACAGCACCCUCAGCAGCCCAUGAUACAAGUUGUUGCUCCUCUACAGCAGGUGCACAACGUUCCAGAACAACCUAAACAUGGAACACAACGGAUGAACUACGACCAACGCAUCAAAGUCACCUACACGACCGAGCAAGUCAAGGCCUGGUUGAUACGAAACAAUUUCGAAAAGUUCGAGGAAACGUUCCAAAACUACAGCGGACAGGAUAUGCUUCGUUUGUCGAAGAGCGACUGUUUGCAGCUGUGCGGAGAAACUGAUGGUGUCAGGUUCUACAACGUCCUUCACGCCAAAAUUGUGUCGCCCUUCUCAAGGAUUUACGUUUGUAAACCCAACGCCAAAGUUUUCCAUGCAGUCUUCCUCGCUUCUUCCACCAAGGAAGACCUCAAGAACGAGCUCUGCAACGUAGUGGGUGUGAGCCCUAACCAAGUGCAAGAAUUGUUCAUGGAGGGACCCAAUAAUAUCCACAUUAUAGUUUCCGACUCUGUUGUAUAUCACAUAAAAGAUGAAAGUGCCUUUACCAUCACCACGAUAAAGGAUAAAGAUCAGUGUGUGCUACUUUUGAAACUGAUAAAGUGAAACCAUUUCGAAAGCUUUGCUGAUGAACAGGAUACUCUGCACAUCAAUUAGUUUUUAGAUCUUUAUGUGUUUAGUGUAUUUUUAUUUUUUUGUUCUUUGAUUUCGACGAGUUUUCGAUAAUGCAUUCCUUGUGAUUAAUCUUCGACCUUCAAUGAAAAGAAGAGGAAGAAUUGAUGGAUUAAUAUUUAACCUUUAUGCUUAUCAUCUAUGUAUAUUAUAAUUUAAGGAUUUUAUUGUGAUGUAUAUUAUUCUGAAAACAGAGGGUAAAUUUUUAAUUGUGGAUAUUUCUCGGUUUGCUUUUUGGUUUUGAGGAGAAUAAAUAUCAAGUUCCCUAUUUGAAUUUUUCGAACAGAAAUAUUCACUAUUGAAAUAUUUUGUUCAUAUUUUAUAUUUAUUGCCAACUUGUUUCAAUCGAUAUUUCGUAUCUAUGAAACGGUUGUGCAGUUUUAAAUAGGCCAAAUAAGAAUAUUCUAACAUAAGUAAAGGGGCGGAAACUCAUAGACCAUUCAGUUCCUUGACAUUAUUUCCUCACUCUUUGUUCAAGUUGAAGAAUUAAGGAUCUGAUUGUAGAGUAGAUUGUAAUUAUUUAAAUAUGUGCAUUUAUGCUAUAGAUGUAAUAUUGAGAUGCUUCGCAAUGUGCCUUUGUGAUCAAUUAUAUUGGCUGAAUAUAUUUUGUUGAUUAAUAUACAAAUAUUAUUAUUUGCUCAUUUUGUUUGAAGUUGUUUAUAUUCUUGAAAGAAUCAAUUGAAAUUGUCUUAUUUUUUGGAGUUAUAUCUCGCAGAUUCAAUAUACUAUAUUAAGUAAACUAGUUAGUAAGCUUUGUUUAAAGUUGAAGUUUUUUUUUUAAUUAUGUUGAUUCUACCACAAAAGAAUUGGAUCUUCAAUAUUUGCAAUGCUAACUUCAAUCUAAAGAUAAUCUCAUUCAUUGAAAUUUUCAGGAGAAUAUUUUAUUAUACGUUUAUGUUUUAACUUUUGAAAAAUAUAUAUCAUUAAUUCUAUAGAAAAUUUUAAACACAAAUUUUAUUCGAAGAAACGUUUUAUUGAAUUUAAGUGCCUAAAUAGUCAAGUUACACAAGAGAAAUGUAUUUUAUUACCUCAAAAUGAAAACAGAUUUACGAUUAAUAUAAAAAUAUAUCAAUAUGAUUAUAUAGGAAGAUAUAUAAUUGGUAGCUAUGAUUUUAUCGAUUAAUUAAUUGUAUUGUAAUUGCAUGUCUUAUGCUAUGACGUAGCUUUAGUCGAGACACUUGUAUUUGUAUAUUUAGUUAGUGAAUUUGAAGCUUUGUUUUUAAUUUGAUUUUCUUAGGUUCAUUUCACUAACCUCACCAGGAUUUUAUAGCAUAUCAUUUGAAGGGUUCAUUGGUUUAGAAUUGAUUAGAUUAUUUUAAUGUACCAAAAUAUAUCUAAGAACUUAUAUUGAUUUACGAGAGUGAAUAAGUGCCUUGAUGUGGAGAUGUAUAAGGACCUUGAUAAAUAUUCUGUGCCAUUAUCAUGAAUAAAAUAAAUAGGCUUCCGAA